AUGGAGCUUCACACACCAUUAUCGUCGCACUUCAAACCAGACCUAUCCUUCUCCUCCUCCUCCUUUUCAUCGCCCUUCCCCUUCCAAACCCACUUCAAAAAAACCCCCAAACCCCCCCGAAACCUCCGCGUCCGGUCGGUUGCCGCUGACCCGAAAGAACUCCCUCAGAACAGCCCCAAGAGGCUGUUAAAAGAGCUCGCGGAGCGCAAGAAGGUAGUCUCCCCCAAGCGAGCUGCUCCCCCAAAGAGAUUCAUCCUCAAACCUCCAUUGGACGACUCAAAACUCGUCGACAGAUUCCUAAACAGCCCUCAAUUGUCCCUUAAAUCCUUCCCCUUGCUGAGUUCUUGUCUGCCCUCGUCCCGUCUGAACAAUGCCGACCGCACGUGGAUAGACGAGUACUUGCUCGAGGCCAAGCAGGCCUUGGGUUACCCUCUCGAGCCUUCGGAUAGCUAUGGAGACGAUAAUCCAGCCAAGCAGUUUGAUACCCUGCUCUAUUUGGCCUUUCAGCACCCGCAUUGUGAGAGGACGAACGCGAGGCACGUGAGAUCGGGACACUCGAGGCUAUCUUUUUUGGGGCAGUAUGUGCUUGAGAUGGCGCUUUGCGAGUUUUUCCUGCAGAGGUACCCGAGGGAGUCUCCGGGGCCCAUGAGGGAGAGGGUUUAUGCCUUUAUUGGGAAGAGGUUCCUGCCGAAGUGGGUCAAGGCUGCGGGUUUGCAGAAUCUGAUCUUUCAGUAUGAUGACAUGGAUAGGCUGAUUAGGAAGGACCGGGAGCCUCCUGUGAAAUCUGUGUUUUGGGCUUUGUUUGGGGCAAUAUAUUUGUGCUUUGGAAUGCCAGAGGUGUAUCGUGUUCUUUUUGAAGUGUUUGGAAUGGACCCAGAGGCUGAAGAUUGCCAGCCUAAACUGAGGAGGCAGCUUGAGGAUGUUGACUAUGUUUCUUCUGAGUUCGACAACCGGAAACUGACUUGGCAGGAUGUUGCUGCUUACAAGGCAAUCACUAAUUCAUUUUCACCCCCGGAAGACGCGCUAUUUGCUCAUCCGAGGCUUUUCAGAGCAUGCGUGCCACCUGGCAUGCAUCGAUUUCGAGGAAAUAUAUGGGAUUAUGACAGUAGGCCUCAAGUCAUGAAAACGCUUGGGUACCCUUUGUCUAUGGUGGACAGGAUUCCUCAAAUCACUGAAGCUAGAAAUAUCGAGCUUGGACUAGGCUUACAGCUGGCUUUUAUGCACACAUCGAAACACAAGUACGAACAUCCCAGGUUUUGCUUUGAACGCCUGGAAUAUGUUGGUCAAAAGAUCCAGGAUCUUGUAAUGGCCGAAAGGCUACUCAUGAAGCAUCUAGAUGCUCCUGGAAAAUGGCUACAGGAAAAGCACAGGCGUGUACUGAUGAACAAGUUUUGCGGUAAGUACUUGAGAGAGAAACAUCUCCAUAGGUUCAUCAUAUACAGUGACGAGGUGCAAGAUGCAUACGAGCAUAACCGGAGGCUGAGAAAUCCGACCACCACAUCAGUUCAACAGGCCAUUCACGGGGUUGCCUACACCGUUUAUGGGAAGCCUGACGUGAGGCGGCUCAUGUUUGAGCUUUUCGACUUUGAGCAGAUUCAACCCAAGCCCGUAUGA